AUGCUAGAUAUUUUUCGCGGUUUAAAAAACUUGGUUAAAGUUAAUCACAUCCAAAUCGAUUCAUCGAUAUUUCGAUUACAUUAUUCGAUAACUGUUAUGAUGUUAAUCGCAUUUAGUUUAAUCGUAACAACGAGACAAUACGUGGGAAAUCCCAUUGAUUGUAUACAUACCAAGGACAUUCCAGAGGACGUUCUUAACACAUUCUGUUGGAUACAUUCAACGUAUACAAUAAAGACUGCUUUUUCAAAGCAAGUAGGAAAAGAAGUACCCUAUCCUGGUGUUGAUUCAUCCAGAGGGAACAUACAAGAUCAAAAAUGUUACAGAUAUUAUCAAUGGGUCUGCUUUUGUUUAUUUUUUCAGGCCAUUUUAUUUUACACUCCGAGAUGGUUAUGGAAAAAUUGGGAAGGUGGAAAAAUAAAUUCGUUAAUGAUGGAUCUUGACAUUGGUAUAUGUUCGAAAGAAGAAAAAAAUUUAAAAUCAAAAUUAUUAUCGGAUUAUUUAUACGAUAAUUUAAAAUUACACAAUUGGUGGGCUUAUAAAUAUUUUUUUUGCGAAUUUCUCGCACUUGGAAAUGUCGUCGGUCAAAUGUUUUUAAUGAAUAGAUUUUUCGACGGUGAAUUUUUUAAUUUUGGUAUAAAUGUUAUUAGAUUUAUGGAAGCAGACGAAGAAGAUAGAACGGAUCCGAUGAUAUAUAUAUUUCCGAGAAUGACAAAAUGUACAUUUUAUAAAUUUGGUGUUUCCGGUGAAAUCGAACGACACGAUGCCGUUUGUAUACUACCAUUAAACGUCGUCAAUGAAAAAAUAUACGUUUUUUUAUGGUUUUGGUUUUUAAUAUUGGGUUUGUUAACUCUCGGAGUCAUUUUGUACAGGGUCGUCAUUAUAAUGAGCCCUAGAAUGAGAGUUUAUCUUUUAAGAUUAAGAUUUAGACUCAUAAGGAGAGAUGCGAUAAGCGUUCUCGUUAAAGAAUCCAAAAUGGGUGAUUGGUUUUUAAUUUACAUGUUGGGUGUUAACGUCGAUUCUAUUAUUUUUAGGGAUGUAAUGCAUGAUCUCGCGAAACGAUUGCAACAUCAUCACCUACUUCCCGAUCCCAUGAAAGCCAUAUGA